CGAACACACCAGAAGAAGAAGAGGGGCACCGGCGAGAUUUUUUAUUCUCCAGAAGAUUUACGUAAAGGCCCAAAAUUCCGGGAUGUCCCGUUCCCUGCAACGCUUACUGGGCAGCUGUCGUCGCUUGGCGCAACAGCCGGCCGUCCGUCACUUUGCUGCACCCGCAGAUCCCACAAAAGGCAAGGGUCCGAUAUCAUGGCGAAGUCUGGCCGUGAUUGGAGCUAUGGGAGCUGGAGGUCUUGGUUUUAUGCUCUACGUUAAGAGUGAGAAGGACGAGGCACGCAUGAAGGAACGUAAACGACAACUGGGUAAAGCGGCCAUUGGCGGCCGGUGGGAACUGGUGGACUCGGAGGGCGCUGUACGCAAGUCGGAGGAUUUCCUCGGCAAGUGGCUGCUCAUUUAUUUUGGCUUCACCCACUGUCCGGACAUUUGUCCCGACGAGCUGGAGAAGAUGGCCGCCGUGGUGGACGAAAUCGAAAAAUCCCCUCAAACGCCGGCGGUACAACCCAUAUUCAUCACUGUGGACCCAGAGCGUGACUCCAAGGAAAUCGUAGGCAAGUACGUGAAAGAGUUCUCCCCCAAACUCCUGGGGCUCACGGGUACUGUUGAUCAGAUCCGCAACGUCUGCAAGGCCUUCCGCGUUUACUUUAGCGCCGGACCGCGCGAUAGCGACAAUGACUACAUCGUGGACCACACCAUCAUCAUGUACCUGGUCAACCCGGACGGAGAGUUUGUGGAUUAUUAUGGCCAGAAUCGUGAUAAGGAUCAAUGCGUAGCCUCGAUAAUGGUGAACAUCGCCAAGUGGAAUUCUCUGAACAAAAAGGGCUGGUUUGGCUAAGAUGCUGCCGCUUAGCUUAACAAAUGUUGAUUCGUUGUAUUUUACUUUUACGUAUAACGUUUAGCUGUAGAAAUAUAGCAAAAAGAAAUAAAUUCAAAAUUUUUUAAA